GAUGACGCAUGCGCAGAAGGUACACAAACGAGAACAGCUGAAAUAUUGCCACAGCUGCCGCAGUUGUUUACGAUAUUUACAUUAUUAAUUAUGAGCCGAAGGUGGUAACGUCAGUCGCACUUGUCCACCGACACGGCCCGGCUGAAGAAGAGGGGCUCUGCUUGUGUUUUAGCCGGCGACGGGCUCGCUCGCGGCCGCUGCGGGACCAUGUUUACCUCGCAGACUUCGUCCUUCCAGGACUCAAUCGACGUGGAAGAGAGAGAUGACUUUGACAACGAGGAAAUCUCUGGAUACGGUCAGAAAGUCCAGUUGAACUGCUACUACACCAUCUAUCUGUAUCAAGGCACACGAUCUGAGGCUUCUGGGGAAAAUGUGUCAUGGAACCAAAGACGAACAGACUCCACAACCAGUCAGGAGGACUUUAGCCUGACCCUUAUCGACAGCAGCCUUCCACCAGAGGCCGAACCUGAGCUGCGUACUUACAUUUCAAGGAGGCUCGGCAAAGGUGCCCUGCUGGGAGGCAUGGGCAACAUCGCCACCGUGGAACUCAGUAUCCCGGAGCAGGGAGUGGGCUGCUAUUGCUGUCUCCUGGAGCAGGAACGGUCCCCCGAACAGCCUGAUGCUGAUGGAAACGGAUAUGUCAUCUGCUUCAUGGGCGGCUCUGAAAAAGGACUCAACUUAUUCAGAUUAGAACUUGACAAGUACGUCCAAGGCCUGAAUAGCAGCCUGCAAACCCCAGAGCUGCAGAACCUUGAGACAGAAGUGCGUCCGUAUCUCAGCCAGUGGUACGAGGAGUCUGUGAUGCACAUUUAUCGGGUGGUGCAGCUGGUCCAGAGCAACAUCAGCUUCUUGCUGCAUGCCGCGCUGAGUCACACAAAUGUGGAGCUGAAUAAUUCAGAUGAAAGGACAAAGGCUGAUGUGUCCAGGUUCAUCAAAGCGGCCAGUUUGCAGGGUCUGUCCCAACAAGACACCACAACAGCUUCUCUGUGUAAGGCUGUCACAGAAGACACACACACCAACCUGAUCAUAGACUGCUCCACCAUCCCACCCACAUUCUCCAACACAGUCAGUAAUCGCUUCUGUGACGACUGGAUUCAGGCGUUUCUCAACGGUGCAGAGCGAUGUAAUCCUUUCCUGCUCAGACAGAUUCUGGAGAACUUCAAACUUAAGGCCAUCCAGGACAUGAACAGCCUGAAGCGCUUCGUGCGUCAGGCAGAGAUGAGUCACUACGCCCUGUAUCGCUGCUGCCUCUUCCUGCAGGGCUGCGGAAACGGGGAUGUGCUGCUGCAGAAUGCGCGGGCAGAGCACAGCGACCUGCCCGAAGCCUGCAGCAUCAUCGGCGUCCUGGAGGAGUUCCUCAGGGAACCGUCCCCGGCCCGGGCCUGAUUCCACCUGAAGCUGCGGAGCGUGGAUACUUUGUCUGCUGGCAGCACGGCAGCAAAGCAUAUCACCCCUCAACCCCGUUCCACCUCAUGUCCAACAUCCGUUUGCUGGGUAAAAAAAUGUAGCAGCUGCAAAAUUCAGAAUCUGUUUUGGUAGAUGCAGAAUUGAUAUUUUAAGUUUCCUGUGCUGCUGCGUCUCGACUAGUAAGACGGCUGUCGGAUCUGGAAUAUGUUCUGGCACCCAGCUUCCCUCAACAAGUGGGUCCGUCUUUUGGGCUAGUAGGUAAUAUCUGUAACAUCGCUGCACGUAUCUUAACAAUGAGGGUUAGUUGCCAACUGGAGGUGGUAUUGAAAAUAUAUUGAUGUGUACAGAUCAUUUUAGAUCUACUCAUACAGUGGCACCUUCCCACCAUAUUUACUUUUGCAAUUUAAGUGUUUAAGUGUAUUUCUUAUUACUUUGAACCAAAUAUUAUUACUAGUGUUUUGCUAACUGACAAUGAUCACAAAACAUAACAUAUCCAAUCUUAAACCUCUACUCAAUGAAGUGUAAUUAUAUAUACUUAUAUAUCCAAAUGUCUUAUUUUGUAUUUUAGUUGAUUGUACUACAUACAAAAAUCACUUUUCUGCAUUGCUUGUUACAUAGGCCUUGUUUGUGCACUACAAUAAGAUUUUUGUUUAAUGAAUAAUACUUAUCAAGCGAUAUUCAAUGUUAAUUCUGUAGAUUUGGGGGUAUUAUUUUCCGUUUACAAGAAUCCUCAUAUUAUUCAUCAGCUGAAGACUAUGAGAACAGAACAGGCACUUUGUGAACUUUGUCACUCACUAUAUUUACUGAGCAUUUGUUUGAGGGUUCUAGAACAUUGAUAUACACAGAAAAAUAAAAAUUCAGAAUAUGAAAGUGCUUACAGUAGAUGUUGGCAUCUUUUAUUUCCCUUCACAUUUUAAAAUGUACCAAUAUUCCCAGUCCAAAGUGUGUAAAACAGCAAUAUAGUUGGUGAUUUAUACUUUUAAUCUGUGAAGCAGGUGACAUGUAAAUGAGUCAUUAUCCUAUCGUGAGCUGUAGUGGGACUGUGGCCUGACCAGUGUGUGUGUGUGUGUGUGUGUAUUAAUGUCUUCGGUAUCGUUAACGACUGUUGUUUUUGCUCUUGUAUCGAAGAAACUAAUGAAAUAAAUACCUCAGUUGAA